AUGUUGGAGCUCCCCAACCAGCUAGAGGAGUUCUUUGGUCGAAUGCUCGAGACAAUCGAGCCGGUAUACAAGAUGCCGGCGGCGCGGACUCUGUUGAUGGUCUCCCGAGCCGGUGGAUCAUUUCCGAUGCUCACAUUUCUGUUCAUCAACCUGGAGGGCUCCGGUGACGGUCUUAGGACCGAAGCCUCAAUACUGCUGGAACGAUGGCCAGAUAUUGAUCCAGAGGCAAAGGAAAUGCUCAGGGUCAAACGGAAGCAGCUGGUAGCGCAAUGCCGAGAUCUUCUGCACAUCGCCACAAAUCCAGACGAGCCCGAAUUGCUCGGAGAGAGAGUUGGGCCGCUUCACUGA